ACAGAGCAGCUCACUUCAGCUCGCCGGACACCGAGUGACAGAGUGUGUGUGAGACUGAAAUAUAGAGCGUGUCUGAGAGAGAAUGGCGACGCUGGUUGAUACUGCGGAAACUCCAGCGCCCUUCGGCGGAGUCGGCAGCCUCAGGAGCACGGCAUCACCCACAGCCUCGACACAGCACUUCGACGAGGGCAAAUAUUACCUGCUGGUGGUCAUUGGGGAGCUGGUCACUGACGAGCAUCUCAAGUGUGCCAUUGCGGACAUUGAGAAAGGAAUCCGUUCAUGGGACACAAAUCUCAUCGAUUGUAACUUGGACCAGGAGCUGAAGCUUUUUGUUUCUCGACACUCUGCCAGGUUUUCAGCCGAUGUGAGAGGGCAAAAGAUUCUGCACCACAAAAGUAAUGUGUUGGAGACAGUGGUGCUCAUUAACCCUUCAGAUGAAGCUGUUAGCACUGAGGUACGGCUAAUGGUCUCAGACACAGCCCAUCAUAAGCUGCUUGUCCUGGCAGGACAGUGCUUUGAAAAUACAGGCGAGCUGAUUCUUCAAUCAGGCUCCUUUUCUCUCUCCAGUUUCAUUGACAUUUUUACAGAUCAAGAGAUUGGAGAGCUUCUUAGCACCGUACAUCCAGCCAACAAAGCCAGUUUAACCCUUUUUUGUCCUGAGCAUGGUGACUGGAAAAAUUCAAACCUGGACAAACACAACUUACAGGAUUUCAUCUACAUGAAGCUAAACUCCCCAACCAUCCUUCCAGAAAUGGAAGGUCUUUCUGAAUUUACAGAAUAUCUGUCAGAAUCUGUAGAAAUCUCAUCCCCAUUUGACAUGCUGGAGCCCCCAACCUCAGGGGGGUUUCUAAAAUUAUCAAAACCAUGCUGCUAUAUAUUCCCUGGUGGACGGGGUGACUCUGCAUUGUUUGCAGUUAAUGGUUUCAACAUGCUAAUUAAUGGUGGAUCUGAUAGAAAGUCAUGCUUUUGGAAGCUGGUACGACAUUUGGACAGAGUAGAUUCUGUUCUCCUUACACACAUUGGAGAUGAUAACCUUCCAGGUAUCAAUAGUAUGCUACAGCGCAAAAUAGCUGAACUAGAAGAGGAGCAGUCACAGGGGUCUACAGCUAACAGUGACUGGACAAAGAAUAUGAUCUCACCUGAUAUUGGUGUUAUGUUUGCCAACAUGCCUCAGAACCUGGAAAAUCUUGAACCCAACUACAGAAUUAGAAGAAAUGCAGAGGAGGCAGCCUUCACACUGCAGUACUUAAACAAGUUGUCUCUAAAACCUGAACCUCUGCAUAGGAGUAUAGGUAAUACAGUAGAACCAAUUAUACUAUUCCAGAAAAUGGGGGUCGGAAAGCUUGAAAUGUAUGUUCUUAACCCAGCUAAGAACAGUAAGGAGUUGCAGUUUUUUCUGAAAGAAUGGUCUGGUAGUGAUAAAGACAAAGCGACCAUCUUGUUACCAAAUGGAAAAGAAUCAGAACUCCCCGUGUCAUAUUUGUCCUCUAUCUCAUCGCUGAUUGUGUGGCAUCCUGCUAACCCAUCAGAAAAGAUUGUCCGCGUCCUUUUUCCAGGCAAUUCUACUCAGAAUCAUAUUCUAGAAGGCCUAGAAAAACUUAAACACUUAGACUUCCUCAAAUAUCCUGUGAUCACACAAAAUGAGCUCAAUUUAAACUUAGCCCCGACACUGAAACAAGCAAAGAUGAAACAUAAGACAGACAGUAAAGAGAGUCUCAAGUCCACAUCAAAACCAUCCCCUACCAAAAAUCUCCACAAAGAAUCCAGGGAAGAAACCACUGAAAAACUAAAAACUGUAAGUAAAACUGAACCAGCAGAAAAACAGGAGCCAACACAAAAAAUAGAGAAAAAGGAAAAAACACUUGUGAAAAAAGUGAAAGCAGGGGAAAAGGACAUUAAAAGCAAGGUUGAGCAAACACACAAAACUGACACUCCAGAGAAAAAGAAAGUUGAAAUUAAACCAAAAACUAUAAAGAAGGAAUCCAAAAAAUCUGUGGAAAAGACUGAGACUGUUAAAACUGAAAAAAACGUACCCAAGAAAGAAGACAAGGUUAAAAAAGAAGACAAGGUAAAGAAAGAAGAAGUGAAAAAAGAAAUUAAAAGACGAGACGUCAGGAAAGACUCCCUAUUAAAGGAGAGCAGAAAGGAUGAAAAGAAAGAAUCCCUAAAAGAUUCAAAAGAGCCAAUGAAAGAUUUAAGGAAAACUGGUAGCUUGAAAAAGAAUGCCCCUAGCACACCUGAUGUGAAAAAACCUGCACCUAAACCAAAGGUUGCAGCACGUGGGAAGAGCCCUGGUAGCCCUGCCAGAUCUAAAGACAAGGCCAAGUCCAAGCCCACCAAAAAAGAUGCAGGAGAAUCAGUGGCAGCACCUUCCGUCUCAGGAGCCACGGUUGAAGAGCCCACCGUGGAAGACAGUGCAACAGAUGUACUUGAGGCAGAGAGAUCACUUAUGUCUUCUCCAGAGGACCUCACUAAAGAUUUUGAGGCUUUGAAAGCAGAAGAGAUGGCUGAAGAUGAUGAGGUCCUUUCUCAGACCAAAAUAGACGAUUCUAAUCAAGAAGAAGUGAUUAGACAUGAAGAAAUAACUCAUUGCAAAGAGUCUCCAGAAGCAGCAGAGUCCCUGGAUGAAGGAAUAGCAACCACUGAAGCUGAGGAGGAAUGUGGAGGUACUCCAGGGGAACUAGAACCCAAUCAGAAAAGCAACGGUACCAGUGAAAAGUUUGAAGAUGAAGGGACAGGGUUGGAAGAGUCCUCUGAGUUAGGGGACUAUGAAGAAAAGGGAGAGACAGAGGAAGUGGAUGAGCAGGACAGAGCAAUAUCUACAUUAAAAGAUGAACAGGCAGAGCUUGAAACCAAGGAAGGGGCAAAUUAUGGUACCGAUGAACCAGAAUAUCUUGACAAAGAAACAAAGUUGCAAUGUUUUGAUGUAACCACACCACCAAAGCUCACUGCACCUUUGUCUCCUGCUGAUUCAGUUCAUGAUGAAACCCUACCUGCAGGUUCAGAAAGUGAGGCUGCCUCUGAUGAUGAAAACCGAGAUGAGCCUCCAGAAGAAUACACAACAUCUGGACACACUCAGUCUACGAUUGAGAUCUCAAGUGUCCCAACGCCUAUGGAUGAAAUGUCAACUCCAAGAGAUGUAAUGAGUGAUGAGACAACUAAUGAUGAAAGCGAUUCUCCUUCCCAAGAUUUUGUCAGGUACGGUAUAACUACAGAACAUGAACGAAAGAAACUUUCACCUCUUCAAGAUGUUCCUGAAUUAGACCACUCCAAGAGUGAUGCCACUGAGGGCCAUGAUUAUCAUGUGUCAGCUUCCACCAUUUCACCACCAUCUUCAUUGGAGGAAGAUAAAUCUGUCAAGGAUUUUUCAGUUAAAGACACAUUCUCUUUUGAUUCAAGCAGGCUCACUACUACUACAAAUUUGCCUUUUGUCAGGUCACCUUCUGUUGACCAAAAUGUAAACAUUGACCUUGUGCAUGCAGGUGUAUCUUCACCUAUUGAACUGGGAACCACACUAGCAGGUAUAUCAAAAGGUCUGGAAUCAUACAGUCCAGAUGAGAAGACCUUAGAGGGCCCUUUAUCUCCUCAAUCCUCAGGACACACACCUUUCUACCAGUCGCCGGUUGAGGAGAAAGCUGGCACUCUACCAUCUGAGAAAACAUCUGAGGCCCAGGGUCCUGUUAUUGUUGACAUCACAAGUGACAAGGAAUACUCUCCCAGAGAGGCUAGUCCUAUUGAUGAAGCAGUGCCUGUUUCACAACCAGGAAAGAAACAAUCACCAAUUUAUGAAGCACACUUAUCGACCAAUUUUGAAUUUGACAGCAAAUUGCCAAGUCAAACUGACAAUAGUGAUAAAAAAAUAGCAACUGAUGACAAUUCAUCAGUAAUAUCUGCCACAUCAUUGCCACCAUCCAAAAUAGAAAGUCUGUCUGAAACAAAGCAUUUCACAACAUUUAAAGAGGACAGUAAAAUGUCCAUAUCUGAAGGGACAACAUCUGAUAAGUCUGGCACUCCAGUUGAUGAAGUUGUUGCAGACGACACAUUUUCUCACAUUGCCUCUGCAUCAACAGCCUCACUUGCAACAAGUUCUUUACCGGAACCGACAACAGAUGAUGUCUCUCCAUCACUUCAUGCUGAAGUGGGCUCCCCUCAUUCCACAGAAGUGGAUGAUUCUUUUUCUGUCUCAGUUGUUCAGACUCCAACCACGAUGCAGGAAGCAGAAGUCUCUCCAUCUAAGGAGGACAGUCCCCGUCCUAUGUCAAUCUCUCCCGAUGUUUCACCAAAGACAGCUAAACUAAGAAUGCCAGAACAAGAAACAAAAUCCCCUGAGAAGUUGUCAGCUGGGUGUGAACAAGAAUCCCCAGAACACUCAUUUGCAUUGGAUUUCAGCAAACAAUCACCUGAUCAUCCAUCAGUAGGAGGAAUGCAGUCUACAGCCACUGAGAAUGGUCCCACAGAAGUUGAUGAUAGUCCCUUGGAUGAAGUUGGUUCCAUGGGAGAACAACACAGACCUGGGGAAGCUGGGGAUAAGGCAAUGUUUUUUAAAGAUUCUGAUAGUACCCAGGCUGCUUCUGCCUCCCCAUCAGAUGCAUCUCAGUCUACCCCAUCAGUUACAACACCCUGCCAAAUUGCAGAGCCAAGAGAAGUUUCUCCAGAUCUAGAUAAUUUAUCAGAGUCAGUCACUCCAAAACAGUCACCUAGCAAACAGUCUCCUUUGUCUCUUGACUCAUCCCUUGUUUUAGGCAGACCAAGUAUCUCUCAUGAAGAAGUAAACAAAGGUAAACUUAGUCCCAAUUCAUUUUAUGAAGAGAGUGCUAUGGAUAAAUCAGAGGACACACAAAAUCUAGAGAGGACUCCUCCAAAGGCUAGUUCACCCUUAUCUCCUACUGAAUCAUUGUGUUUUUCUCAAAAGACAGAAGAGCUUAAACUUGGCUCAGAAACUACUACCUUCACAGGUUCAAAAUCCCCCACCAGCCCCAAAAUGUCACCUCCAGCCCAACUUUCCCCUUCUUCCACUCAGACAGACACUCUAGAUAAAUUUUCCACCAGCUCUUCAUCAUAUUCAUACAGUUGUCAAAAUGUAGAAUCUACUCAAAUCUGUGAUGGUGGGUCCAUUGGACCAGAAACCUCAAAAGCAUGCCAUUCUCAGUCACGAGCAGAAGUGGACUUGUGUUUGGUGACCUCCUGUGAAUACAGACAUCCAAAAACAGAGCUUUCUCCAUCCUUUAUAAACCCCAGUCCUCUUGAGUACUUCAUGACUGAGGAACCUAAUUUGGGGGAGGAAAAGCCUCUUGCUAAGUCAGGAGAAGGACCACCGCCACCUGAAGAGAAACAGCAGACCAAACAGUGUGAGGAAACUCCACCCACCUCUGUAAGUGAAUCAGCGCCCUCUCAAACAGACUCUGAUGUUCCUCCUGGCACAGAAGAGUGCCCAUCAAUAACUGCAGAUGCAAAUAUUGACUCUGAAGAUGACUCAGAAACACUUCCAACAGAUAGGACGAUCACUUAUCGUCAUGCAGACCCACCUCCAGUCACACCCAGAGACCCUGCUCCUACUCCUCCACAUCCUGAUGCCUGCAUGGUAGAUCCUGAAGUCCUGAAGGCUGAGGAGGCAUCCGGGAAACCGAAAAAGAACAUCAGCAGCAAGACUAAGCCAUCUGCAACAAAGAGCUUGUCAAAAACAAGUGCCAUCAAAGAGUCGAAAGUGUCCUCUCCAAAAAAGUCUACAGAAGAUAAAGAUGCCAAAAAUGCAACUAAUACCUCUGCAUCAAGGGGAGUGAAAAACAGCACUUCAGGAAGCACCAAGUCCAGCGGUGGAACAUCUGUACCCAACUGUCCUACAAUGUAUAUGGACCUAGUUUACAUACCAAACCACUGCAAUGCAAAGAAUGUGGAUGCAGAGUUCUUUAAACGGAUCCGAUCCUCCUACUAUGUAGUCAGUGGUAAUGAUCCAACAGCACAGGAACCUAGUAAAGCAGUUCUGGAUGCUCUGUUGGAAGGAAAGAGCCAAUGGGGAAAUAAUAUGCAGGUCACACUGAUUCCAACCCAUGAUACAGAAGUUAUGAGGGAGUGGUACCAAGAGACCCAUGAGAAGCAGCAAGACCUAAACAUCAUGGUUUUGGCAAGCAGCAGCACUGUAGUCAUGCAAGAUGAGUCUUUCCCUGCAUGUAAGAUUGAGCUGUGAUUGUCAUGAGGUAUGAUGUUGGAGAGCACACAAUUGGAAAUCUUGAUACACGUUCACAAAAGCAAAUGUUUUGUAUCACUUUCAAUAGAGGAACUGGUAAAAUGCUUCUCAGUAGAUUUGUUUAGUACUUUUUGAGGUCUCAGGUUGUGAAAAUGUUUGGUUAGACAUUUUAUGCCGAGUUCACACUGCAUGACGUUUCCGGAUCAACAUUAUUUUCAUAUGGCACGACUCUCUGAGGGUAGCAUUCAGUUGCUGUGGUGUUCACACUGCUUGAUGGAUCAGUGACCGGAGGAUACACACUGCAUGACUACACUAGAAACAAUUGUCCGCAACUCUGUCUGACCUGCAAAGGCACACAAGUAGUGCUAAAAAAAAUUCAAGAUUAUGCUUGAGACUAGAGAAUGGUAAACUGUAAUAAGUAUUUUAAGAUAAUUUGCCAUUCACCUGGUUUGAAAAAGAGAAAAACAAGAUUAAGAAAAUUGUUUGGGAGAUGCAGGGAACAAGGGUUGUGAGUUGGAGGGCAAUAAAUAAGGUGCUGGUCAAGCAAAUUUUUUCGUUCUGUUCAAUCCUAGCAGGCACACAAUGUUAUAAGAAAUUAUUACUAGGUUAAAUUUAGGUCGUGACGUCAGGUGACCAAAAUUAAAUGUCUAGCCAGCGUCUAAGGACAACAGUAUUUUGGCAUCCAAUAAUGACGUCAAAUGAUGUUAAUAUUUGGUUGAUUUUAGGUUGUGUUGGAAAGUGACCAAAAUCCAACGUCGACCCAACAUCUCAUACGAACGUCAUAUUGACAUCAAAUACUGACAUUUAUUUGUCAGGUAUAGCAACCAAAAUCUAUUGUCUGAUAGAUGUGUCAUAGUGGUAACGUCCACAUAACGUCAAGCUGUAACAUCAUUAGACAUUGAUAUUUGGUUGAUUUUAUGUUGGACAUCAGACAUUGAUGUCGGCUGACGUUGGGUUCUGAUGUCAACCCAAUUUUCAUUUGCAAACAAAAUGCAACAUCCCCACAAUGUUGAGGUACAAUGUGAAUCUGAUGUUAUGUUGACAUCCUGUGCCCGCUGGGAUGUUAUUGUAAAGCUUAAUUAUUCUUGGAUAAUGAUCUAUAAAUUCUCCCCAAACUCCCCGCUGCCCUGUAUCUUGCUCUGUCAUUGGCUGUAGGUCAUCGCUGAUAUGUUUUUCAGUCAAAACUCAUUUCACACAGCACGUCUUUGAUAAUUCACACUGUGUCACACAUAAACAGGCACCAAUUUGCCUCUGACUUUAUCCAUUUGUCAGCGAUUUCACAAAGCCUGUCGGCAAGUGUAAACUGGGGCUAAAAUUAUUCAGUGUGAACUCGGCAUUAGACAACACAGAGCAGUUUUGGGUGUGUAUCAGACCUCAUCAAACACAUACACACACACAAAAGCUACUUUUGAGCAAACUGUAACAAAAUACACAUAUUAGUCAGUGGAUGAACUGUACUGAGCAGCUCCAGUUAAACAAAUUCACUAAUUUUAAAGCAGAUGAUAAAUGGAUCCAUGGAUCUCUAAAACCAGAACUCAAAUAAAAAUGUUUACACCAAAGGUUGAGGGAUUGUUUCAAUGCCUUAGAAAGUAAAACUGAAUGUACAAAAAAUAUGAUGCACUUAAUAUGAUGACAAUGAAAGGGUAUGUAUGAUUCGCUAUUACGCAUAUACAGUAUCAUAAGAUGCAAAAGAUAUUCCAUCUGCACUGACUUGUUUAGAAUAUGAAUGUGAAGCUUGCUACCAUUGCAAUUAAAUGAUAGAAUAAAGGUCUACCAAUUUAAAAGUAAAAAAAUGAAAUGUUUGAGAAAACAUUGAACACCAUAAAUCAUAUAUAACAACCUUAAUGUUGUGUUAAAAAGAAACAUCCUGUUCCUCUUCGUCUCCGGCUAGCAAAGAAUUAAUUUCAUUAAUUUUAUUGCCAUGAGGGUAGGAGAUAUUUCUGACUAGCCAUCAUUAGUUUCAAAUUUCUUGAAUUUCACCAGCCUUUAUGAAUUUGUUAAUAUAACUUAUCAAAUUUUCUACUUACUAAUAGUAAGUAGAUAGUUAAUAGUUAAUAGUUAAUAGUUACUAAUCAAAUUGUACUGCAUAUUGUUUGCAUAUAUUUGCUAAUGUUUUUAUCCUAUUAACUGAGCAAUACAGUUACUAUAUUUAUUUGCCUUAUUUAAUGCUUAAUUUAUAACUUGGAAAAUUGCUUUUUGGCCAUUCAUAUGAAUUUAAUGAUGAAAGGAAAUCUCUAUCAUGUGAAACUUGUGUGUCAACAUUCAGCUAUUUGGUUUUUCUUGGACAGCUAUUGUUUUUUCCUCAUACACUAAAUGCACAUAGGCAUUUCACUCAGUUUUGAGAGCUCUUCUAAAGUAUAUGCACUGUUCAUUCAAAUCUUGUCCAUGUACAUUUUUUUAUUAUGUUAGCAUGUCAAUGUUGCCAGCAAAAGCCAUCAAGAUUGUGGUUCAUUGAAAGUUAAGUAAGCGAAAGCUUUCCUUUCAUUAGGAAUUGUUUUUUUUUAUAAAAUUGCACUGUACUGUAAUAAUUAAUUGCUUAGCGACAGAGUGAGUGGUCGGAUGAUAUGUGCAUGAGUAAUGUAUUAUCCUUGACAUUUCUCUGUGCUUUCUUGUUCUAAGAGGGGAAACUCAUUGUUUACUGCAAGGACAUGACUGAAAUCAUCACGAGUUUGGAUCUAGUUUACAGUAUCUAAAUGUUGAAAAUCAUGGGCUUAUGGGAAUUUCACUUUAACAAAGCCUAUUGAUUAGGAGUUUGAUCAUCAAUUAAAGAUCAUUUCUGUCUAUUAAGCUGAACGGAUUAUACCAAUACUAACUGACAGAACCACUACAAGGAUUUUACAGUUCAUAACAGUAUUAUGCCUUAGGUUAAACUAUUACAGCUGCUCAACUAACAGCUAUACUAGGGAUUUUGGUGUCAUUGUGGCGCAACCCUGUUCUGCAGUUCAUGAUAACAGUAACUGGAAAUGACAUUAAUAUCUCAGAACUGGACUCUACUUAAAUGCAUACUAAUGUCAGCAGCAGUCAACAGACUCUUCUAGCCACAUGCUUCAGCAAAGUGCAUUGUUGUUUAUCCGCAAGACAUUUAAACGACUAAACACAACACACAGAUCUAGUCUAUCACUCCCCUCUUUUCCUCUGAUCCACUGUAACACUUCAAGGUAAAUUUUCUCAAACCCUCACAAACAAUCCCUCUGGUUCUCCUCGCUCACCUUCGGGUGCUAGUAAGAAUAUGUCUGCAGUUGUCUAUGAAAUAUAUAAAGUAUAUAUCUUGUGAACUUGCAUCUUUCCUUUUUUUUCAUUCCUAAUCUCAUAUCUAGAGAAUAGUCUCAAGUGAAAGUAUUACCUUGUGCUUUUUCUGAUGUUUGUGUGCGAUAUCUCUUCACAACUACGGCGUGUUUGAUGUAAAGGGAACUACAAUUAAAAAGAAGGCAAAUGAGUCCACAAUAAAUAACGUUGUGGAACA